GAAUUGGAGCAUAGUAUAAGGGAACUUCCAUCCACCGAACGUGUUGGACCGUUGUUGUUCACCACGGACGAUCUGAAGAAUGGUUUGAUUCGUGAAUGUGGCACGUGGCGUCGAGUCUAUGGACAAGCAUUGAAUCAAUGUCGAGCACAAGAGAUGAACAAAAUUCUGGAAACGUUUGAUAAUCUAUCGAAACGAUUGAGUCGUCCCAUAAAAGAUUUGGACGAUGUGCGUGGACAAAUGGCUGCACUGGCGGAGCUGCGUGAGGCCGAGAUUGAAAUCGACAUGACAAUCGGGCCGAUUGAAGAGUCGUACGCGCUACUGAAUCGAUACGAGCUCUACUUCAAUGACGGCAAUGCCGAACGUGUGGACGCGCUGACCUACGGAUUUUCGAAACUGCGCACCCAAAGUCGUGAAGUACAAGACCAUUUGUUGGAAAUUCAGCCCAAAUUUAAAUUGGAACUGGUUGAAGGCGUGCAAGCGUUUAAACAGGAUGUCACCGACUUUGUGCAAGACUACGAUACAGUGUACGUUUCUAUCUUGCUCGUUAUGAGGAAGCUUUGUAAUCCGAAGUCGUCAGCCCACGAAAGCAUUCGUUCUGGAGAAAAGUUUCGUUGUGAACAUUAA